GUCAAGGGUUUGGGCACUUGAGAGGUCGAGCACGAUUUAGCUAGCUGGCCUUUUCCAUGCGCCUAGCUUGAUUCUGUCACUCUUGAGUCUUGACUCCUUGCAUUCGAUGGCCUUGAGAGUCCUUCCUUCAUGGCUCGCACGCAUACACACACAUGCACGUACGCACAAAACCAUCUUAUAUGCCAAAUUCACUUCGUCCGCGGACCGACCCUCUCCUUCAUCUAGUAUCUAGCAUCGAGCAUCUAGCAUCUAGCAUCUAGCAUCUAGCAUCUGCUAUCCAGCAUCUACACCUCUUCCGAAAGGUUAGAAUCCGUUGUCCUCGUUUAACCUUUUUUUAAACCCUCAGACAUCUUUGUUUCCUUCCUUCUUUCUCAUUCAGGUAAUUAAAUAUUCAAAUCCAAUCUUAACCCCUUCCACCUCAUCUCCAUUCAAACUAGUCUGGAGCUCCUCUUGCCUACUUGGUUCACAUUGAUACAAUUGUUCAAAUUGUUCACCGAACACCUCCCUCCCUCCCUCGACGCAUCCUCGUGGUCCAGAUCUCCCGCGCGCUCUAUUCCUCCAGCUCUCUCCGGCUCUUUAUUAGACCCUCGCUAUCCGCUCGCUCUAAUCAUUUUGGGACGCGCAACUUCAUCCGCCGCUUGUGCCUGUCUGUCUGUCUAUCUAUCUGCCUGUCUGUUUGUGUCCGUACCUAAACUCUUGAUCUAUCGGCACCCAGCAUCUAGCAUCUAGUCCCUAGCACGCAUCGCCCACACCCACACCCACACCCACACCCAGCACCCAGCACAAACCCACUCGAACAAAACACAACCCAAGCCUUUCUCCCUCCCACGACGUAGAAAAAAGUAAAAAGACAGACGGAGAGAAGAGCAACCAGACCGGGCCAGGCCAAAAUAAAUAAAAUAAACAGUGCACGCGUGGAUAAUCGCACAUUCGAGACAGAUGUGUCAAGGUUCCUCCAUCAUCCUGUUGCGGAUUUAGACAGCGAGCAGAAGAAAAAAACCUUAGAUGGCUCUCUCGCCUUCUAUUUCACCCCACACCACGACCACGGCCACCACUUCCACUUCCACUUGCACUUCCACUUGCACCUCCACCAUCUCUAAACCUCCCAAUUCCUCUUUCCUCGCCGGACAUCAUCCAAAGUCAGAUCCAAAGUCAAACUCCAAUUCGGUUUCGGUUUCGAAUUUGAUUGACGCGAGUAACGCUCAAGAUCGGAUUGUCCCAUCCUCUCUUGCCCAUAAAUCCCAUCCUGCACAUAUCUCAACCGCAUCUACACCCAAGUCCACUUGCACUUCCGCUUCCGCUAGCACCACCACCACCUCAUCAUCUCCCCCAGCCUCAAGUUCACCACCACCACUUUCGGAUAGAUCCAUUCGAGAAGGCGAAACAGGUCAAGGUUUGACGAGAGAUUCCUCGGAUUUCUCAUCUCCUGUGAAAUUGUCGGUCCGACCUCUGACUUUUGAUUCAAAAUCUUCAUUGAUACUUCGCGAAUCGGGCUCAAAGGAACUGAUACCUCGCACGUCUAAUAAUACUCCCUCCCAUAAGCAAAAUCGUCAAUCGACUAGCUCUUUAAGACAAAACCGAAGUGGCUUGUUCACCUUAGCUGUAUUGGCAAGAGACAAAACUAGCAACGCAAUUGCAAGUUUGGCUGAACCCGCGUUACGUUCACGUCCUUCACCAUCCAACACUCUAGAUUCACCUCCAGAUCAAGACACUCCUUUGAAUAGUAUUAAAAGUAGGUCCCAGUCGGCAGAAGUUACAGGAAGCAGUAUAGAUCGCAUAGAUUUAUCUUCCUCGUCCAGCGAAAACUCGACAUCGACUACACCAAACACCACUUCAGAGAAUUCACCGCCCUCGCAUUUCCUUGGUCGCCGUCAGUCGUUACUUGGUACCAACCCUCCCUCGCAGGCGUACUCGAAUACUGCUGCAGAUACCCCACCGUUGAUCCACUCCAAUCACAGGACGACAAAUUCAAGCAAGAUGCAUCAAACAUCGUCGCGCUUGUUGCGCAUGACGAGCGAUGACAGGCCAUUCACUAGAGAUUUCAAAGAUUUAUUCGCAACGUUGGUAGUCAGUUUACCGCUGGCAGGGCACCGCAUACGAUUAACUAGAGUGGAACAUUCGUUUCUUUCGGAAGAGGCUAUCAAUAAUUUGGGUUCUUUAAAAUUCUCACAAUCGAAUCGUAUGCCAGAUCCAAAAGAUCCCUCCCGUAUUGUCACCACCACCACGACAACAACAUUUUCUAUGGCGCGGGAAAUGGCUCGAUCAGUAUGUCAACGUUUCCUAGAUGCACGAUUUAUUGAAUCUGCGGACGGAAAGCAAGCAAAGGAUUUCACAAUGAAGGGAUCCAUAUGGCAGUUGACACCAAAAGGUAUUCAUAUUUUGGAAAGAUUCUGCUCGAAGAAUGGAAUACAACAAAGACACGUCGCAGAACUUGUCGCAUCCCCAAGGAAUACAAUGCAAUUGGUUAUUCUAGAAAGAGAUUCUGCUACGGACAAACUUUCCUCGGAUCGAAGCACAAUUGAGGUUAUUUUCCGCAGGUUUGUUGGUCAGAAUGGACCGAAUAUCAAGACCAGCACCACAACAGCUGAUUCGGAUUCUUUGAGCGAGUACAAGGAUGGAAUUGCUGGUGUAAGAAUGGCAGGAGAGCGUAAAGUUGGAUCGCCACCCAGAACUGUUUAUCAAACAUUUACUGGCAAGGCUGCUUGUGACUGGCUGAUGGAUUGUUGUACUACGGUGGACAGACGGGAAACCACAGAAGUUGCGUCGCUAUUUUUGGAGCAAGAACUAAUCUGGUGUGUUCAGCCCGACAGGCAAUACCAGCAGCAACUUCCUCCUUCAGAUGAUAAGAAGGAUUUCCGAUUCCAGCCUACUAAGUAUGCCUACUAUCAGUUAUCACAAAAAGGCAAGGAUGUUAUCAAUAUGACUUCGAGAGAUCGUACUUCAGAGAGCGAAGGAACUUCAGCAGCAGUAAGAGCUGGUGUAUCCCGAGACUCGAAUACUCAAAAGUUGGACAAAAUUCUGAAUGAUGCCGCACUUCGUUUACUUUUCCGCGAAAACCUUCGGGAUACCCAUUGUGAGGAGAACUUGUCUUUCUAUCUAGAUGUCGAGGAUUUCUUGAAGUCAUGCAAAGCAGCCGUAAGAAAUGUAGACCCAACCAGGGGUAAAUCAGGCGGAAGUCUCGAUUCCGUCAAGGAAACUAUGGCAUCGGCCUAUGGAAUUUACAAUGCAUUCUUAGCUCCAGGCUCACCUUGCGAACUUAACAUCGAUCAUAUGCUCAGAAAUCAAUUGGCUACCAGAAUGACCAAGGCUGUUGGACAGGAUGCUGCUAUGGUUGAAAGUUUGAAGGAAGUCACAAAGUUAUUUGAAGAGGCUCAAUUAUCUGUCUUCAAGUUAAUGGCCAGUGACUCCGUGCCAAAAUUCAUGAAGAGCUCCAAAUAUGAACAAACUCUUAAGAACUACGAUUUCGAUUCAAUAUCUCCAAAUGGACAACGGUACAACUUACCUGAACGAUCUGCUAGCAAAUCUAACAGGUAGUAUCUAGAUAAUUGCCAAUUGGCUUCACGAACCCCCCUUCCCCCCCCCCUUUAAAAUACCUCUCGCCACUUCAUCGAUCUUAGGCACCAGUUGUAUUAUUACUUCGAGAGCAGUUAUUUAGGCCUUGGCAGAGGCUUUGAAACGAUCAGUUGUCUUUUUAGCGAUUGCAUAGAUUCCCCUCGAUAUUACUUUUGGACCUGAAUAUAUCCCAGCAGAAGGAUCAAUUGGAGAUGACGAUAUUGAGAUUUCCUUUUCGAAGCCAGAAGAAUGCAGUACCGCAUACUGUACGAAUCAACCUCGACUUGAGGAACCUCACCCGGAAACGAAUGCAUUCGAUGGAGCAUCGAGAAGCUUUUUGGGGAACUGGCCAUCAUUUUGAUAUUCUGGCCUCUAUUUUUCAUUUUACAAUUUUUUUGCACGGUUUUUUUUAACUUGAUUUUUUCGACUUUCGAUGAGCGGCUUCCCGGCACUGCAUUGUAAAGCAUAAUCGACGAAUGAGAUACAUGUACAUAGCAUUUCUGGCGUUGGGGCUAUAGUUUGACCUCUUUUAUUGUGGGAGGGACGAACAAAUUCAUUGGGUGGGGUGUUGCUAUACAAAUAUAGACGGGGUGGGCGGGAGAGAAAUGGAUGGAUGGAAGGACAAAUAGUCUUUAUUUUUCUUUUCUGUUUAUGGUAAAAGGGGAGAUGGAUAAAUAUGGAGAGGGAUAGUGAUUAGUGUGAAGAAAUAGGGGGAGUGGCAGAUAGAGAUGGAAAAUGGAGAGAGGAAUAGGGGAAAGCGGAGAGGCCAAGGGGAAAAAAACUUGGAACACAAGGGAAGAAAGGAUAAAGUUUUUUGAGUGGUGCUUUAUGCUAUACCAUGAAUAUGAACAUGACCAUGACAUGAUAUUGUUUUUAUGAGAUUCUUUUUAUGAGAUUCUUUUUCUUUUACAUGCGUUUUUAGUGAUUGAAAUUUGGGGGAGAU